CAACCAUAAAUUGAGUUUUCGUUUGGAACGGUUGGGAGGAGGGGGUCAACUCCAGGAGCCAUUUAUAGACAAAAAGAGCAGCGAGAGAGAAAGCGCUUUGAGAACUUGACAAAUCUUCUUCAGUUCAAGUACAACCUGGAGCUCAGGAACAGAAGAACUUUGAAUUACAGCAGCGCUGAAGGGCUUGAAAGCAGACCAACACUGAGAAAAACCAGGCACAUGCCAUUGUUAUAAAUAACUGCACAUAAGACAGUGCGCAAUGGCACCAUCACUCUCGCAGGCCUACAGGAGGCGCUGGUGGAUGGCAGUCACCUCCAUCAUAGAAAACCUGCUCUUCUCUGCUGUAUUGUUGGGUUGGGGUUCACUACUAAUCAUGCUGAAGAACGAGGGCUUCUACUCACACCUCUGCACAGAAAAUGUCACCGAGGGUCACAGUAACGUGAGUUUGACGGAGCACACGGUUUGGCUGAGCUGCAUUGAGCAGGAGGAGAUUCUCAAUCUGGGCUUCACCAUCGGUUCCUUCAUCAUCAGCGCAGCCACUCUGCCGCUGGGAGUCCUGAUGGACAAGUUUGGCCCUCGUCCAAUCAGACUGUUUGGCAGCUCAUGUUUUGCGCUCUCUAUGGUUCUGAUCGCUGUAGCGUCUUAUAAUCCAAAAGUGUUAUCAGCUCUCAUAUUCAUCGCUGUCUCUAUGAAUGGGUUUGGAGGAAUCUGUCUAACCUUCACUUCACUUACAUUGCCGAAUAUGUUUGGAAACGUGCGUUCCACCAUCCUUUCACUCAUGAUCGGCUCGUAUGCCUCCUCCGCGGUCACCUUUCCUGGAGUCAAGCUGAUCUAUGAUGUCGGCGUGUCGUUCUCUGUGAUCUUCUGGCUUUGGGCCGGGUUUGCCUGCCUCGUCUUCCUCAAUUGCUUUCUAAACUGGCCUGGAGAAUCUUUUCCUGCCCCCGAGGACAUCAGAUACAUUACUAUGGGGAAGUUGAGAGGUAAAGAGCUGGACCAAAAGAUGACCGACACUCGUGUGGUUCUGAGAGAGCAAGAGGAGCCCAAAAAACUGCCUUCCAGUGAUGAAGCCGCCAGUGAUGGAGCAGAAGCACAGAGCUCUCCUCCCUUUCGUCGCUCUGUGUGCUCUCCUAUCUUCCUGUGGAGCAUCAUCACCAUGGCGAUGACACAGCUCCGGAUCAUUUUUUUCAUGGGUGCCAUGAAUAAGAUGUUGGAGUUCCUGGUGACCCACGGGGACGCGAACCCCUCUGAGGAGUUGAUGAAGGAGUCAGAAGAGCAAGUGGGCCUGUACUCGUCCAUCUUCGGCACUCUUCAGCUGCUCUGCCUGCUGUCAUGUCCUCUGAUCGGAUACAUCAUGGACUGGAGGAUGAAGGAGUGUGAAGAUGACGUCAGUUCAGCAGACGGAGAAAAGAGUCCGUCUGGGCCUCCAAAGAGGGAUAGAAAGAUCCAGAAACUCACCAACGCCAUAAGAGCUUUCAUCUUUACUAACAUGCUGCUAGUCACCUUCGGAAUCCUUUCCCUCAUAGACAAUCUACCCAUACAGGUGGUGUCAUUCAUUCUUCACACUGCAGUUCGGGGUUUCAUUCACUCCUGCUGCGGUGGCCUUUAUGCUGCUGUGUACCCAACCAAUCACUUUGGCACUCUUACGGGUCUGCAGUCCAUGAUCAGUGCUGUGUUUGCCCUCCUACAACAACCACUCUUCAUGUUGAUGGUGGGACCAUUAAAGGGAGAUCCUUACUGGAUCAACUUGGGCCUGCUUCUGUUCUCAUUGGUUGGAUUCCUGCUGCCAGGAUACCUUUUCUAUCAUCGCAGACAUCUAAUACAAGAGAAAGCAGCACGCGACGGUCAGUCUCUGAGCCUCAACCAAACUAACGAUUCCUCAAAACAUCAGGGGACCAACGGGGAUGUCUGAGGUGGAACAUGUAUGAUUGUGUUGUAUGUGAAUUAUGGAUUAACAGAUUAAUGACAGUUCCAUACGGAAAUAUCAGGCUUCCUGUUCAGUCACAGCAGAGACUUGAUAAAUAUGAAACAGUGUUACAAACAAAACAAGCAAACGUGCAAUUCAAAGCAUCAUUCAAGGCUGUGUGACUGGACAGGAUGUAUUCUCAAGGCUUUUAUCAGUAAUUUUGUAGACAGAGAAAUAAAAUGAUGCCACGUUGUCUGUCCAUUUUAAAAGUCUUGUUAACCAUCGCAACCAAAUAAAUAAUGUUUUUGUUGGUGCACCAAACACUGCUUUAGGCUUUACAAUACCCUACCUGACAAAAGUCUUGUGAUUGAUCCCAGAUGUAAGAGCAACAAAUAAUUGACUUCAAGUUAAAGUGGCAGACGGUAGAUUUUUCUGAUGAAUCAUCUGUUAAACUGCAUCACAAAUACUGCAGAAGACCUAUUGGAACCCGCAUGGACCCAAAGAUUCUCACAGAAAUCAGACAAGUUUGGUGAAGGAAAUAUCAUGGUUUGGGGUUAUAUUCAGUAUGGGGGUGUGCGAGAGAUCUGCUGAGUGGAUGGUAACAUCAACAUCCUGAGGUAUCAAGACAUUUGUGCUGCUCAUUACAUUACAAACCACAGGAGAGGGCAAAUUCUUCAGCAGGAUAGCGCU